CGGAUCGCCGCUGCGGUGCCAUUCCCGGGCGCUUCUCCAGCUGAAGGAUCCCGGGGGGCCGAACAGCCCCGCCCGCCGCCCCCCUUCCCCGGCUCCCAGGCAGAACCAACACUAGCAGUGAUGUGAACAAUGACUGGUCACGCCAAAGCGUCCCUGGAGCCAGAGGGCUCUUCUCCUGCCUCCUUUUCUCCCGCAGGCUCACCUCAGCGAAGCGACCUGACAGUCAGUUCCCAAGAGAUAACCAGCCAGUUCGCCAGCACCAGGAGCAAAGAGGACUGGGAGAACCUGGAGGGGAGUGAGUUGAUUUUCACCUUGGAUAAGGAUGAUGAGGAAGGAGCUGCCAAUUUGCCUGAGAAUGCUGUUCUGUAUGUGGACACUGGGCAGUGUGAAGGCCAACCUGGAUCUUCAUUCCAUAGGCCAUUCCCUCCGGCUUCUCCUCCAGAGCUGGGCUUCCUGACCGACAUGCCCCUCUAUCACCUGCCUGGCUUCUCUCCACAGAGCUCCAUUGCCCCCCUGAAUCUGCAGGGCUCCCCGGGCCCCAAGCCCCUCAUUAACUUAGUGAAGUCCCUGUCGACCGAGAUACAAGCCAAGGAGAGCUGCCCUCUCAAGCCCCAGCCCUUGCUGAACUUGGUCAAGUCCAUUUCGACAGAGAUCUCCCACCUGGAGCCCGAGGUGACGCAGUCCAAGUCAGACUCGAAGCUCAACGUGCAUCUGUGGAGGCAGAUCACCCAGCCCAAGAGCAGAGAUGGGGACUCCAGGACAGCUCCCUCCUCCCCCAGUAUCUCCCCUUCGGAGAGCAAAGGCAGCUUCUUCAGGUUGCAGGAGGCCAAGUUCGAAGACACAAAGAGGAGGUUCUCCGAGGCCAUGCAGGAACCUCUCAGCAGGCUCAGCAAAAUCAUCGGGGACGAGAACAGCGUCUCGGCCAAGUAUAAACUGCCCCACUCUGGUGCUUACGUCCAUGACUCCCCAUCCAGCCACAGCGGGGACUGCACUAGUGCGGACGCCAAGGCUGCUAGGCCCAGCCCCGGGAAAGCGGAGAGCGACCGGCUGGGAGACCACGCGAGCAAAGCGAUCCGGAAGACCCAGGCAAAACACGGCUUCCCCUUGGAGCACAAGUGGGGGCCCGCCUUGAACUGCAAGUACGAGAUCUGCUCCUGUGGAGACAUAAUCCAGGUGGUGGAAGUGGAGCAGAGCGAGAACAGCCCAGAGGAGGCGCAGCUGCAGCAGCCCCUGGAUGAGCUCCCCACAGCCCAGCCUGCGAGCCCGGUGCCAUGCAAAACCCUCGCCUGCGUCGCCAUCUUGGCUUACAAUUACUUCAUCCUGCCUCUGCCCCCUUAUCUCUCAGGCCUCUGUCUGGGACUGGCCUGCGGGUUCGUGCUGGGCUUCCUGGUCAUCCUGCUGUUCGUGCCAAAGCCUUCCCUGGCUCCCCAGCAGAGACGGUACUCACAGGACAAGCUGCGCUCAGAGCUGCUAACGAGGAAGCCACAGGACCCAGAUGUCCUCAAGAGCUGGAUGAACGAGAUGUAUUUCUACGACCCGGAGACCUACCACCCGUCGCUCACUCACUCGGUCUUUGUGACGCUGGAAGGCUCCGCCAUGAAGCUCUCUUAUCCCAAGAACAACGUCCCACGCAGAGCCACCUUCGAAGAAGAAGCCCUUGACGUGGCCUUUGUCAGCCAUCGGCAUUACAACAUGAGUAACGCCCAGGUCUUUCUCUUCCCACCUGGCCUGGCCCGAAAGAGGAUGUGGAACAAGAAAUAUCCCAUCUGCAUUCUGUUCCCAGACCAAGAGGACCAGAAUUUCAGAAGCUCAAAUGAGCAUGACAUUGAGCUACCAAGAGAUGAAAGCCUGAAAAUGACUCAGAUACCAGGCCAAGACGUCCCCCUGAAGCCUCCAGGGGACCUCCAGGAAAGGACCCUCUACCUCUUUGGAAGAACAGGAAGGGACAAAGAAGAGUGGUUCCAACAUCUCAUAACAGCCUCCCGAGGGGACUGUCACGAGGUCCAGAGUGCCAGCUGGAGAGAAGGCAAAUUUGGUUUCGGUCCGAACCAGCUCUCCAGCCCUUCAGGAAAGGACAUCAACAGCAGUGGCAGCAGCCGAGGAAGCACGGACGACAUCCCUUUGUUGUUCAGACCCAAGGAUCUAGCUGGGACCAUCCAGCAGAAGAUUCUUCUGGAUUACGGCACCUACAUGUCCCGGAUAGUCCAGCCAGAAACAGGCACUAGCCCCCUCCAGAGCCCCUGUCACAGCGCCACGGGCAGCCCAACCCCCCAAAAGUUCCUGAGGGAAACGAAUGGCAGCAGUGAACUGUCCAUGGCUUGGAUGAAUGCACUGGUUGGGCGAAUCUUCUGGGACUUCCUGAGGGAGAAAUAUUGGAUGGACCAAGUGUCAAACAAGAUCCAGAAGAAGUUAAGCAAAAUCAAGCUCCCGUACUUUAUGAACGAACUCACUCUCACCGAGCUGGACAUGGGGACAUCCAUCCCCCUCGUUCUCAGUGCCUCCAAUCCGAUCAUUGAUAACCGAGGGCUUUGGGUGGACCUGGAAGUCAUCUACAACGGCGCCCUACAGAUGACACUGGAGACAAAGAUGAACUUGUGCAAGUUGGGGAAAGAGGCACUGGCAGAGGAGAGUGGGCAGGCAGCUGCUGAUGGGCAAGGGGCAAAGCCUCGGGUGAUCCUGCUGGCAGAUAGCGAUGCAGAAUCCUCCAGCGCUGGCUCCUCCGACGAAGACAUCCUUGCAGCAGAGCCUUCUGGAGCCCUGGGAGAGAGGAUUGUCCCUCCUUCUGCUGAAGGCCACAGUGGCAGCAACAGCACCAGCCGCAAGAUCCUGCGCUUCGUGGAUAAGAUCGCCAAGUCCAAGUACUUCCAGAAGGCCACUGAAAACGAGUUCAUCAAGAAGAAGAUUGAGGAGGUGUCCAACACGCCGCUGCUGCUGACUGUGGAAGUCCAGGAGCUGUCCGGGACCUUGGCUGUGAACAUUCCUCCACCCCCGACAGACCGAAUCUGGUACAGCUUCCGAAUCCCUCCCCAGCUGGAGCUGAAAGUCCACCCGAAGCUGGGUGAGCGGGAAGUCACCUUCAUCCAUGUCACGGAAUGGAUUGAGAGGAAGCUGCAGCAUGAAUUCCAGAAAAUUUUAGUGAUGCCAAACAUGGAUGAUCUCAUCAUUCCCAUCAUGCACUCCGGCUUGGAACCCCAACUCUCCAUGGAGGGGCCCUUCAAGGACCUUCCAGCGGAUAGCGAGAAGUGGCUCUGAAGAGUGACCCACUGGCUGGGUCAAGACACUUGGCAGAACUCUGGAGGAUUUGCGGAGAUGCCCAGCUAACCUGGGCCUGGCCACCGGUUGCCACACAGGAGCCAAGACACUGAUCUGAAGUCUCCAGGUUCAUCUCUCCAUCUCAUCUUCAGCAUCCUCCAGCCCAUCAAAGGAGCCUCUUCUUCAAAUAUGAUGCAGCACAUUAAGGACAGAAACAUACACCCCUGGGGGAGGAGCAAGUUGGAGUCACCCAAGCAUACAAAACUCCAGGUAGUUCAUCCAUCACCACCAGGUUUCUCUGGAUCAAUACAACUCUCUUGUGGACAGGUGGGCAUCUUCUGUGCCAGCUGGAGCAGGAACUUGCUCAGGAUUGUCUAUUUUACAAAGGAGGGUGCAAGAAACCCUGGAGAGGAGGGAAGCCUGAGGUCCAAGGAGUGUUAAUCAGACAUUGUGAUCAGAAAUGACUCAAGCGUAUUGCAUCAGCACUGGACAUCCUUUAAACAGGCAGCCGGGUAUGCCAGGAAAACUGCAGGCAGGAAAUGAACUGAAACACACACACACACAAAACAUAACCCCCAUUACCCCUACAAGUGUUUUAUUGUACUCUGAGUCUCACCACCACCCAGCAGGUUGAAUGGGUGGCUGAGAGAGAGAGAGAGAGAAGAGCGAAGCUGGGUAUCUGUGACAGGCUGCUUUGUAUCUGUGUCUGAACACAAGGUACAGCAGGCAUGCACAGCCCUGCUCCUGGCCGGGCAAUGGCUGUCGCAGGGGGUUAGCUGAAGGGGGAGAUGGGGGAAAGCGGCCAUUUGAUGGUAACCAGGCAGCAGCGGUACGGGGAGGGACUGAAACAGUCACAUGUCAAAAUCCACCGACCAUUCCGUCCGGCGAAGUUGGGGCAGAGGGCAGGGAUGUGGGGGUGAACCCCCAAUACCUAAGGGGCGGGGAACCUGAAGGGGAGCACUCAGUAUGUCAGGGAAGGGAGAGGAGGGGAAGUCCCAUGAGCCUCAGAGAGAGAGAGCGGCUUGUAGACAAAAAGAGAGGCAGCAUUGUCAGCUGCCCAGGUUCAGCCCAACCUGAGCUAACGCCCUCAGCCCAGGCAUGCAUCCUGUGCCUGGGGAAAGCAGGAGGCCUGGGUAUGAGGCACUGUGCAGGUCAAGGCUCCAUGGCAGCACCUCUAAUGGGUCAAAAGCAAGGGAGGAGACAGCAACAACCCUCUUCUCCCAUCCCAGACCCGGAGGAGUGGAGUGAGCCAGCCGGCAGAGGAGGUGGGGAUGAGGAAGCCGGUGGAGCAGAGGUCGGAGGGAGAUCGAGUGGUGUGUGUCAAGCUUUGCAGCCAUGUGAGAGCACUGCCAGGCAUUAAGUGGUUAACUCUUCAGCUGGCACAGCUUCCCUUGGCCUGCCUUUGUCCUCACUGAUGCUCACCAACAUUGCACCCUGAUUCCAUUCUGCCCCAGAGUUAGCCCGAUGGGGCAUUAGCAGGAGGAGCCUGGGUUCCCUUGGUAUUGAAGCCCCACUGCACAAGGCCUGUGCCCCACUGAAGCUGGCCCCCUCUGCCUUCCAGUGAACGAGGCAGAGAGAAGUAGCCUUUGCUCCAUGCUUCCUCGCUGUGAUGUGUUUCAGGAGAGACACAGCUCAGCCGCCAGCAACACCACCAGCAUCUGAAAACACCAAGCGGACCAACCCUGCACCGGGCAGCGAUGGACGGCACCCGUCUGGAUGAUAGCACUAGGCACGAGGUGGGACCAUUUGAUGCUCCACGCAAUAAAAGUAACAGAUUCUGUCAAGUAAUGUCACGGCACUGCGUUAAAACAAAGGGCUUUGCAGACCAGGUGGAUGUGUAAGAGAAGAGCUGAACUGAAGCAAUAAAGUUUGCAUUCAUCCACCAGGGAUUCAGGCUGGGAUGUGUUUGUUAUUUUCCAGUUAUAUUUGUUGUGCUUUGUGUCUAUAUUGCCAUUUCAGUGGGGCUUUUCUUUAUAGCCACUCACUGAAGACCAGGAUGUAGAACUCACUAUUCAAGGUCCAUCUAGCCCAGUAGCUCAUCUUCCAGCAGGGGCCGGUGCCAGAUGCUUCAGAGGGAGUGAACAGAACAGGGCAAUAUAUUGAGUUAUCCAUCCCCUGUUGGCCAGUCCCAGCUUCUGGUAGGUGGAGGUUUAGGGACAUCCAGAGCCUGGGGUUAUGCCCUUACCAUCUUGGUGAAUAGCCAUUGAUGGACCUAUCCUCCAAUAACUUAUUUUUGAACCCAGUUAUACUUUUGAUUUUCACAACAUCCCCAUUGGUAAUAACCAAUGCUCAAACCACUGUGCUAUCCCUCCCCCCUUGUGAAGCAUAGGUUACAUAC